AUGAAGACAAUUAUAGACAAAGAAGCCGAAGAAAUGGAAGAUGUGUUGACGAAAGGCCGCGAAACAUAUAUUCAAGGCAAAUGCAUCCAGGCAUUGCUGAAGCAAGCUAUCAGAAUCAAACUGAUAAAUCAAAUAGAAAGAAGCCUUUCUAGGACCUACGCAGCUCUUAGGAGAUCACUGGCAGCGUUCAUACGGGAUUACUACGCAAAAGUAGACGAAGGAGAUGAAACAGGGUUGUUCCUGUGA